CGACAUCCGGUGUAACGACCGAGCCCAAAUCGCUCAGCUGUCAAAAUCAGCCAUCAUCUUUAAUUUUGUAGUGAAAAAUGUCUCCACUGUUUUUGUACCUCCUCCCAUGUUAGUUGAAGUUGUUCCACUGGGAUUUGCAAAGAACAGCAAGCCAGCGUUCGGAAUCGACGUGUAGACAACUGGUAGUUUUAGCAGCCAUUCGCUUGUGCAAGAACAAUGACAAAAUGAGCUCCAGCGAAGCCCACUGGGAACCUCUGGCGGAGAUUUAUUUGUCCUUUCCCAGUACCCAAGUUGAGUCGCCAGCAGUUUCCAGCCAGGGUAGGGAACAGAAAAACUGCACCUACUGUCUGUGCAGCCGUGUUUUCAUUCGAAACUACUAUGAUGUCUACGUAUCGACACUGGAACGGGGAGAGCCAAGUAUGUCUGAAGCGUCCGCUAUUGACCAACAGCAGCAGCAACAGUUGCAAGUCACGAAGGUUGCACCUGCCGAAGAAAUUGUGAAACCGCAGCCAGGAGGUACUGUCGAUGCGGGAGAAGAGGUUGAGGAUGACGUGUUCAGUGAGGAACCUGUGCGAAAGCAGCUUAGUUUUGGGAGAGGGGUAGUUAAAUGGGAAAGAGAUGGAACUGGAAGUGAGGCUAGCUGUUACUUUAGUGCCAGUGCUUCCCAUUCGGACACCAACUAUUGUAGUACAGAUGAGCACGAGCACAUUUUUCACGGAUCUGUUAUCGCUCAUCAUGGGUUACAUUCAAGCGAUAGUGGUGCGGACCUCUCGGAGAAAAAUUUCGAGCGUAAGAGCGGUUUCAGGGAUGAUUUUCUAGAUGGAAUUAAAGAAGCGUUGACAGUUGAUGGCAAAAUUGCGUCGAUGGUCCAUGGAGAACGCAACAACAGUCUUCCAGAGGUAUUUGGUCGGGAAGAUUUGCAGGAAGCUUGGGAAACAUUUUGGAGUAAACAUGGCGAAUCGAUCAUUUGGGCUUCAUGGAUCGAGAAAUACAGCGAUUAUAUUAAUCCCGAGUACAUGGAUGAAGCUUGCCAGCACGAAACAAAUGAAAUUUCAUCACAUUCCAAGAGUGAAGCCACUCCGGACACUACUUACGAUGCUUCCAAACAUUUUUCUUUCGACACUAUGGAAGCUGAUUCGGCGGAACCAAAAACGACCAUGGAGAUUGUUGUUUCGACUUGUUCGCCCCAUCCUUUCAAUCGUGGUGAAGCUUGGAACCCACUGAAUACUACCGGUGGCGACAUUUGGACCGCACACCGUUCAGGCUCGGGUGAAAAUGAUGCCUUGUUGAGUCCACGGUGCGAUUCGGUCACAUCAAGCAUUCCUCUCACCAUCGGAACUACGGAUUCGAUGACCAACGUGACGAGAAUGACAAUUUCCAGCUACGAUUUUUGUAGCUCUAAGGUGAGCUCGGAAUCUUCUAAUCUGAGUGAGUCGAGUUUGAGCGAGCAAAUUUCCUCCUACGGAAACAGUUCCAAUAGUUCCGAUAUGUUAGAGACAGAGUGUCUUGUUGGGGGCAGGGGCGCACAGACCUCGGGCUCGGCUGCUGUUGCUACUGCGGGUACCCUUCAGGAUGACGAAGCCGCUAUGGACGGAGAACAGUACUGGCAGAUUUUGUGGCAAAAACAUUUCCAGGAGCUCUACGCAAAACAUUACAACACGUUUAUGACCAACCGGGAUGAACAGCAGAGCGUCGGAGAGCGCUCGAAGCUACACAAAAGAAAACGAAACAGCAGCAGUGGCUCGAGUGGACUUCAUAAAACAACUUGCGUUGAUCAACUUCCGGAAUUGGUCGCUCAAUUGAAACUUGAACUUUCUGCUUCAAAUGAGAAAGAAGAACUAGGCAUCGUUACCGUUGACGGUGAUUCUAACAAACAAACUUCUAACGACAUAACAAACUCCAAUCAACAGCAGAAGAAUCAACAUGCUUCAAAUGAACAUGUCAUAGAGGAUCUUACCAGUGCAUUGGAAGCAUACGGUCUGCCAACGACAUUCGGUAAAUCCGGCAAAAAGCAGUCCGGCCGUGCCAACAGCGAAGACGGUGACGAUGGUCACCCGGAGGAUCGUCCAAUCAAUCUGAAACGAAGCCACGAAAGUGACACCGAGGAAACACCAAACGAUCGCCUCAAGGCAGCCUUUGAACUGAUGGGUUAUGCAUUUUCCGACCCGGCCGCUCGGCCUCAAGGGUCGGGAAACGACAACGAGCAGCCAAAUGAUAAUUCGACAACAAUUAUCAACAUCACUGGUGAGGUUGUAUACCGGAAGAAACAUAUAAGACUGCACAACAGAGUGCUGAAGAUGAAGCACCACAAGCCUAAGCACACGUACUUCGAUGACGAUGGGAAUGAGAUGCCCGGUUCUGAAAAGGAAGAAUCAGCAGCACAGGAAGCACUGAUGCAUACGUCUUCCGAUGAUGAGGAUCGAAGCGCUGCCGUUCCUCCGCGGAGCGUUUCAUCCAGCGUGAGAUCCAGUACGGUAUUGGAAUAUAGUCAACUGCAGGGGAAGGAGUCUCAAGAUGAGGAAAACGAGAAUGACGAUGAACACAAAGUUGAGGAAAAUCCGCCAUCAGAAGAAGCAGCAGAUGACUUUAGCUUUAUUCCGGGUCCCGCCAAAAAGGAGAAGAAGAAAAAGCGCAAGCCCAAAUUUGUGGCCAGUUUGCCACCGGAGAUCGCCAAUGAUAAAUCGCUGCUUAAAUAUUGGUACAAGCGCUUCUCAUUGUUUUCCCUGUUUGACGCCGGGAUCAAGCUAGAUCGCGAGAGUUGGUUCUCCGUCACACCGGAGAAGGUUGCCUCGCACACGGCGGAAAGGUGCCGGUCGGAUCUGAUUGUUGAUGCGUUCUGUGGCUGCGGUGGGAAUACCAUCCAGUUAGCAUUCACUUGCAACAGAGUGAUUGCAAUCGACAUCGAUCCGAAAAAAAUAGAAAUGGCAAAGCACAAUGCAACGGUGUAUGGCGUUGCCGAUCGAAUAGAGUUCAUUACAGGGGAUUUCCUCCAACUGGCGGAUCGACUUCGAGCAGACGUUAUAUUCCUGUCUCCUCCAUGGGGAGGCCCAGGAUAUUUAAAGGACGAGGUUUAUGAUCUGGAAAGCUCUCUGAUUCCUGUUCCGGCUACGGAGCUGAUGAGUAAGGCUCGGCAAGUUAGUCCUAACAUCGCUAUCUAUCUACCACGUAAUUCCAACACGCAACAACUGACAAUGCUAGCCGGCCCGAACAAUGCAGUGGAAAUAGAGCAGAGUUUCCUCGAUCGGAAACUGAUCGCCUUGACCGCCUACUACGGAGAUCUUAUCAAUGGGUGAGUGGUAGACAGUGGAGCAUUCUAAAGUUACUUAAACCAAACUUGAACGGGACAAGUUUUAGAUUAUCGGGAGUUUUGUACGAUUUUUUGCUUGAGUUUAUACAGUAUUUUUACUGUAUUUUUACAGUCAAAGAAUUCACCAGCGGGGAACUGUGUUUUCCUCAUGCAUCAGAUCAAUAGCAAUAGCCUCGGUAUAAUUUUAUUUCUAGUGAAUAUAUUUCAGCCAACGCUCGCCAUCGUUCAACUACAUUUUUCCGGUUAUGUACUAACUAUUAGUCAAUUUAGUCGAAAAUAACGCAUUUAAUGAUUUACUAGUUUCGGUUCUCCUCUUUGUUUUAAAGUUUUGCGAUAAUCUUGAUUUUAAAAUAGAAUAGUUUCUGACAGGCUUUAUUUUUAUCCUCGUUUGAAAAAAAUAUAUAACUCAUUGUAGCAAUAUGUUUGAUAUGGCAACUGGAUGAAAAUAAAUGACUAAAUUCUGAACAUGUGCGCAUUGAUUGGAUAAAGUAUGAAAAAUAAAGAACUACAUUAAUCGAAAA